AUGUCCUCGACCUUUUUCACCUGGCUGCGAUCUCCUGCUGCUCGGGAGUACUUCUUCAGCACGCACUUCUGGGGUCCAGUCGCGAAUUGGGGUCUGCCGCUGGCUGCGCUCGCAGACUUGCGAAAAGAUGAAGAAGUGAUUUCGGGGACUAUGACGACUGCCCUGGCAUGUUACUCGAUGGUGUUCAUGCGAUUUGCCUGGCGUGUACAACCCCGGAACUACCUUCUCUUUGCUUGCCACUUCACCAACGCGACGGCGCAGUCGAUACAAGACGCUCGCUUCGUGAACUAUUGGUACAAUGGUGGUAGAGAGAAAAAGCUGGGACUAGAGGCCCCCACCGAAGCUCCAGCAGGGGGUAAGGUGACAGAGGCCAUACUAGAGGCUCAACAAGCCAAAAAGCCAUGA